GUUAUAAGAAGUUCGCUGUCGAAGCACCAAUAUUUACCCAUAUAAAGCGUUAAGCGUUUAAUACCGGAUUAAUAUAAAUGGUUCAAAUCAUGCUGUUCUUUCCAACAAGAAUGAUUUCUUAAUAUUGUUUAUUGUAAAACGUUUGAAAGACAUAAAUCGGUUAUUUGAUUGAUAUGGAUACUACUUCGCAGUCAACAUCAAUUGUGAAUACUAAUUGCCAAAAUGUUGUCAAUAUCAUUGGCGAUAACAACGUUAUUAACUUGCAAGGUUCUGAGGUACAAGACAAUCACAUUAACAAGGUUUAUCACCCUGGAAAUGUUGGCCAGAAACAUCAAAAGGUAGCAUGCAUUUAUCCUGACAAGCCAUUUCACAUUUCACGCGAAAGAACAACCGAAUUGAACCAAAUUGAGUCAUUGUUCUUGGGAAUGACUGAUGUCGAUGAUGUUGUAAGAACGGUCUAUCUGACCGGUCUACCAGGGGCCGGUAAAACAGAGCUAGCUCGGCAAUACGGUAAACAUGUUGGGAUGUCUACUGACCCAUCCAAACAUACACUUGUGAUUACAUUGAAUGCCAAAUCGAAAGAAUCCCUUUUGAAAUCUGUAGAAGAAGCCACGCAGUCAUUUAGUGUGCAACGGACAAACCACAAUCUCGACGUUCUGAUGAAAAAACUUGGGGAUCACUUCCGUGCCUUCAGUGGUACUUGGCUUUUGAUCAUUGAUGAUAUGUUUGGAAAGAAUGAUUUCAACGAUUUAUUUCCACGACCUGGUAGCAACGAUUGGGGUGGUGGGCGGAUCCUGGUUACGACGCAGGAUAAUAAUCUCCCACAAGCUUGUAGUCAGUUUGAAAAAAAUAUGUCAUUAAAUGGAGGAAUGAGCAAAGAAGAUGCUGUUUCAUUGCUUAAAGAUAUCAGUCGUGUUGAGUUUGAUGGUUUUGCCGAAGAGAUUAUCAAUGAGUUAAAAUAUCUUCCUCUUCCUUUGGCUUGCUGUGCAACAUAUGUUGGGGAAAUAAGGCAAGAUCGUGCAUCAACACAGUUUGGAUGGGAAGAAUAUUUAAACCGGUAUCGUGACACUGACAACUCUGACGAACUACAAUCCCGAACGUUUCGUAGCAACAACAGUGCUUAUCCCUCCUCAAUGAUGACUGCUACAAGAAUGGCUGUGAAUCGAAUAGCGAAGGCGAGCGAUGUUCUCAAACUGGCAUUUUCGUUUCUUUCAUACUGUUCUUCGUCUCCAGUUCCUUUGAAGGUACUUGCAUUAUAUGUCCAAGAAAAUCUCCCAGAUCGGAAUAAUCAACAGACCUCAAAGGGAAACGAGAUUUUGGAAAUUGAAAACGAGAUUUCGAGGUGCUCAUUGCUCAUCCACGAGCGGUCGCGGAACGUGGAAGCAAUAAAAUGUCAUCAGGUUAUUCACCAUGCUCUUAAAUGGUUUGAAAACUCGAAGCCUGACGAACAACAGGAAAACGAAUUUGGUCAAAUGAUGAAAUGUCUAAAUGAGACACUGGACAAUAGAAAUAAAGAAAAUACAGAUAAAGAAGGCGUUCUUCUUCGACUCCUUCUGGGACCUCUCCUAAAACUGUUUGUUGAUCAUGCCAUUCUUAGAUCCUGGAAUACAACACCUGAAUUUGUUUUUAUUUCUGUGAAGAAUGACCAGUUCCUUUUUUCAACAUCGGGCAUGCCUGUCGAAGAUGCUGAGAAGAGACUGGAACUUUUGGAAAGCGUUCAUGUUAAACUUGACAUAGCUGACAAGAUUCGCUGUGAGAUAUUAUCAAAUCUUUGGUUCUAUUACAUAGAGCUCGACCUUAAGAAGCUUGCUUUAAAGAAUUUGCGCGAAGCUUAUGAAAUGACUGAUGAUGAAAGUGAUAAAGAAUGGUUGUAUUUAAGAUGCUGCAUCUCUUUCCACUUGGCCCAGACGUAUUUUGGCGAGGACAAUUUUGGUCUUGCAGAAAAAUUUAUAAAGACGUCAAUAAGUAUGGCCAAGAAAAUCUAUGCGGAAGAAGAAGACCAAGUUAUGGAAAGAUAUUUUUGGCUGGCUAAGAUUUGCUAUUCCUUGAAGAAAUUCUGGAAACUUGGAUGGGUUGUCGAAGAAGCAAAAUGUUUUUACUCAAAGUUUGCGCCGGAUAUUAAGAGUCUAAAAAGGGCACGAUGUUUAGACUUUCUUUCACGUAUAUACAACUACAAAGACGGUGUGGAAUUCUUUUAUAUUCCCAUUAGAUACAGGAACUACAUAAAAUUGAGAAGGGAAUCAAUCAUCGAAGCUCUCGACAUUUAUGAACAGAUAUUAGGAACCGACGUGGCCUCGUGCUCAGAUUACUGUGUAUUACUUGCCGAGUGUGCAAAAGUUCAAUUGGAAACAAACCCAACCGAAGCAAAAGAAAAAAUUGAAAAGGCUCUCGAAUACUGCAACCAAAAUGGUGACAAGUUUAACAUGAGAGUGAUGGCUGCCAAUAAGAAGCAUUUGUUUGAUAAUUCAAGCUGGUGGCGGAGACCAUUUUAUGAUCUUAAGAACUUUGUAUCCCGAGGAUAUAUUGCUUUUGCUGCAGAUAUUAACGUAUGUGACGAAGUCUUGGAAGGAUUUGAAAAUGGAGCAAUAUCGCCAUCUCCCCGAGCGAUAAUCCCGAUCAGAAGAAAAAGGAAGUAUUUGGAUUGGGCAGACUGGAGUUUAGGUUGUUUGCUUAUUAUUUAUUGUUUUAUCUGUAUGUUAACGUCGCAUUUAACAAAAAACUAAUAGCAGUAUUAUCCCAUUUAUGGGGUACGAUUGAAAUGUAUAGGCUUAAUGCUAAUGGAACUAUAAACUGCAAUGUGUAAACUGUUUCGUUCACUUCGUGCUAAUUCAUUACCGCAUAAGAAAUGCAAAUAUUUUGCUCCAGUCCUAUUUUAAAAUGUACUAUGUUGAUCUUAGUCGCCGUCAAAUCUUAGUUAUAUAUAGUAUAUAUAGAGAUCGUAGACGUAGGACACAAGACUAUGAAAGUCAUGCAAUUCAGGGAUAAAAUACAAGGCGGUGCCUAUCGAUCAAAGCGACUAUAUGCUUCUGUGUAUGCUUCUGUGUCGCUCAUGUGUUUAUAUGUUAUAUCACUGAUAUGAAGAUAGAACUUGUAUGUGAGACAAACUGCAUGGCUAGCGUACCAGAUCCAUGAUCCUAAUCUUUAUCCUGCAAACGUUUAGCGCUAGUAUUUGUGUACUCCUGCAUGUAUAACUACAUAUUAUGAUGUACGAGUUUUCCAUAUUAUAUAAUAUGGCAUAUGUCUUAGUUGUUAUAGAUUGUAUAGAGGUAUAUACUUGCAUGGACUGACGUAAUUUGUGUUUAUUCAAUUGUUAGUUACCUGCAUUAUAUGAAAUAGACUUUUAUAAAUCUAGGAGUCUAUUUACGACUUCAUGCAGGCGCAUAUCAGACGCAAAAUUUGUAAUUAAAUAAACGAUAUCCCGAGUAACCUCUCCCCCCCCCCCCCUUAAUUAUUAUAUUUAUU